AUGAAUCAGCGACAACGGAAACAAUUUGGUUCAGCUGGAAAUCUUGCUAUAAAAGGUACAGGUUAUAUGGGUUUCAAUAAAACAUCAUGCCAUAGGCUACAGCAAAAUGUUCAGUCAUCUGCAACAAUGAUGUCACAAAGGUCAGCAGCACAUCGAACAAUGUCAACCUCAACAACAACCACAAAGACAACACUUCGAAAAAGUGGCAGCAUUGGAAAUAUGCGUAAUAUUGUCACUUCAUCAGUACCGUCAAUUAAAACUACCACUUCAAAAGAGACAAGAACAUGUCCAUGUCGACAAAAUGAUCUUGAACAAUCAGCAAUUCAUCUACAAGAGCAAUAUGCAAGACAAUUGCAACAACAAAUUUAUCUUUUGGAACUUGAAAAUAAUUAUUUGAAGCAUAGUACCGAAAAAGGAUCUCGAAAAAACAAUGAAAACGAUGAUUCAUAUCACAGUGAUACUUCACCAUCUUUGUGUGUGACUACAAAUUUAGCUAUAUCACGAGAGCAUGAAUCAUCUGGAAUUGAUAAUCCAGAUGAUGAUGAUGAUAAGGAGAAAUCAUGGAGAAUACGGAAAAGAGUUUCGUAUGCGGAACCUGAAGUUACGGAAACAUCCAUUCCUUCAAAUAGUUAUGAUAUGAAAUCAUCUUCCUAUACAACCGAUCAAGCUGAAUUACUGCAUAAAUUAGAAGAAUUAUAUCAGAGAGAACGAAAACUUGAGGAAUGCUUGAAGCAAAAAACAACUGAAACUGAAAGGAUUGCUUAUGAAAAUACUCAACUAUCAGAUUACAUCGAAGAAUUAAAAGCGAAAUUGCAAAGAAAUGAAGAAAAUUUUGCAAGAGAUAAAUGUGCACUAAUGGAAGAAGUUGUGGAGCUACAAAGAAGACUUGAUUAUCUAACACCUGCAUUAGCUGAUAAGCAGGAAUCACAUGUGGCGAAAAUGGAGAUUGAAAAAGAUGAAUUAACUGAUAAGUUACGACAUGCAACCAAUCAAUUGCAGAUGACAAUUGAUGAAAGAAAUCGAGAUGAGAGAGUAUUGUUUGAUGUCGAAGAAGAGAAGAAAAAUGAGAUUGAUCGAUUACAGAAGACAAUUCGACAUUUAGAAAAUACAUUAAAAGAAAUGGAAAAUAAAGAAGCAUCAUUAAUUGAUAAUAUCACUUCAAUGAAACGAUCACUACGUGAAGAACAAUUAACAGCUAAAAAAGAUAAAGCUGUUGCCGAAAAGGCUUUGGAAGAAAACAGUGUAUUGAUAAAAGAGAAUUCACAUUUAUCAGCAGAGAUAACACGAUUAGAAAUGAGGAUAAAAACACUUAAUCAGCAAAUUGAUCAUACGCAAGAGAAACAGAUGAAAUUAGCAGAAAAUGCUUCACUAAAAGAAACAGAAAAAUCAUUGAAAGCGGAAUUAUUGAAAAUGGAAGGAAGAUUACAAACGGAACAAGAACGCAAUCGAAGGACUAUCGCAGAGUUGGAGCAAUAUCGAAAAGCUGAAGAGAGUGCACGAGAAUCUCGUGGACGAAUGCAAAAAGAAUUAGAUGCUUUAAAAGUAUUAUCUGAAUCAUUAUCCAAUGAAAAUAAAUCACUGAGACAUGAGAAAUUCAUUCUUACUGAACGUUGUGAUGAGUUGCUUAAAAAGGGAAGUUCAUUAACAGAUAAUGUCACAAAUCUUACAACCGAUGUUGAAAGUUUAAAAGAAAUAAAUUUCGGUUUACAUCAAAAGAUGAAUGAAACAGUGAAAGAAAUAUCGUCGCAGAAAAAUGAGAUAGAUUAUUUACAAGAGCAUAAUCGUGAUCUAUUGAAAAAAGUGAAAAAUCAGGAAAGUGAAUUACAGAAAUAUAGAGAACGUUAUGAAACUAUCGAAAAGAGGUAUAGAGAGACAUCUGAUGAGCUUCAAAAACAAACUGCUAUGAGACAAGAAAAAUCAGAAGAAUAUGAUAAAUUAGCGAAACGUGUAUUAGAACUUUCUGAUUCUGUUAAAGAUAAAAAACCAACACCUCCUGGCAUUACAAUGCGACAAUCUAAAUUACCAACACCCUGGCCUGACAAGUCCUGUCAACAUCAGUCAUCUCCAAUCUCUGAACAAUCAGCAACUGUUCAACAGACCAGUAAACAAAUUCAAAUCAAUGAAAGGAGAACUUCCUAA